AUGGCAAGCUCGGCUUCCCUGGAGACCAUGGUGCCCCCGGCCUGUCCGCGCGCCGGAGCGUCGCCGGCCACUUCCAAGACGCUGGCCUUCUCCAUCGAGCGCAUCAUGGCUAAGACGUCGGAGCCCCGUGCGCCCUUUGAGCCCCGGCCCGGGGCACUGGAGGCGGACGGCGGCCAGGGCAAGAAAUUGCUCAACCUCUGCUCGCCGCUGCCCUGUAUGAUCCCCCUCCAGCCCCUAGGCUACGAGGUGCCGUCCAAGACGCUGCUCAGUUACUCCGAGCUCUGGAAAAGCAGCCUCCGGGCGGGCGGCGGUGGAGGAGGAGGAGGAGGCGGCGGCGGCGGCGGCGGCGGCGGGGGGGCCCCGGUGUGCGGCGCCAGCGGCUUGUGUAAAACCAACUGUGGCGUGUGCUGCAAGGCCGAGCUGGGCCUGGCGCCGUCUGCGCUGCCCGCGGGCAGGGUCAUCAAGCCGCAGGUCAUCAACCAGGCGGUGGGGCUGCCGGCCAGUGGCUCCCUCUACUACUUCAACUACCUGGACUCUGCCGCGUAUCCGCCGUCUGAGCUUCUCGGCGGCCACCUCUUCCCAUCAGGCCUCCUCAACGCACAGGCCCCCGCCGCCCUGGCUGCGCACCCCAAGCUCUUUCUACUGGAGAACGCCAAGUUGGCCGGCCUGGCCGCGGACAAGUUCCCCCAUCCGGCCCCCUACACCCAUAAGGAGCGCUUGCCCGCGCCGCUGGAGCAGGUGCUAAAGGAGAACUCGGCCCUGACCGCCGAGCGGGGCGGCGUCAAGGGCCACGGCAAGCUGCCCGGGGGCUCCGCGGACGGCAAGCCCAAAAACUUCACCUGCGAGGUGUGCGGCAAGGUGUUUAACGCUCACUAUAACCUCACCCGCCACAUGCCGGUCCACACCGGAGCCAGACCGUUCGUGUGCAAAGUCUGCGGCAAAGGCUUCCGCCAGGCCAGCACGCUCUGCAGACACAAAAUUAUCCACACCCAGGAAAAGCCGCAUAAAUGCAACCAGUGCGGCAAAGCCUUCAACCGCAGCUCCACGCUCAACACGCACAUCCGCAUCCACGCGGGCUACAAGCCCUUCGUCUGCGAAUUUUGCGGCAAAGGCUUUCACCAAAAAGGGAACUACAAGAACCACAAGCUGACCCACAGCGGCGAGAAGCAGUACAAAUGCACCAUCUGCAACAAGGCCUUCCACCAGGUCUACAACCUGACCUUCCACAUGCACACCCACAACGACAAGAAGCCUUUCACGUGCGCCACUUGCGGCAAAGGGUUUUGCAGAAACUUUGACUUAAAGAAACACGUGCGCAAACUCCACGACAGCGUGGGCCCCGCAGCUCCCUCCACAAAGGACCUGUCUCGGACAGUGCAGAGCUGA